AUGAAUUAUGAAUAUGAAGCCCUUGAAAACACUCCAGGUGCCAUCCGAACUUUCGUUCUGCGUCCAGCGGAGCAACUCGACGACCCGAUCUUGGGUGACCUCCAACAUGUCUCGCGUCGACCGUUUGGUGUUGCCGACAAUCUCUUCAACGUCCUUCGCAGUUUACGCGACCAGGCUGAGCCGAUCAGUCUUUGGAUUGACGCCAGUUGCAUCGAUCAGAACAACAUCCUAGAGCGCAAUGCGCAGAUACAGAAGAUGGCAUCAAUCUAUCGCAGCGCAUUCGAAGUGGUAGGUUGGCUAGGCCAAACGUCACCAGAUUUUGGCAUUGAAUUCGCGCUUCUACAAAAGCUGAUAGAGGAAGACUCUCAGUCGUAUCUAGAGGAUGCCAAUUAUACUUCUGCUUGGGAGUCUCUAAUCUCACUGCUCGAUAAACAUUACUGGACGAGAGUCUGGAUCCUGCAGGAGACGGCUAUCAACCCAAACGUGCUGUUGAAGUUUGGCGCCAGCUCCAGUAAGCAGCAGAUUGCUGUGAGCUUUCUCUCGGAAUGGGACAACAUACGUUUUGAGGUCCUCUCAAAAUGGCGUGAGCUACAUCCCGAUGCCGGAUGGGAAGGGUCAAUGAUGCAGAAGUUUGACGCCAUCUCGAACAACGUUUAUAAUAUGGGUCACCUACCGCCUCUAGUUCCUUUGACUGCGGACAAAUUUCAGCCGUUACUGCAAUGUCAGAUUUGCAAUGGGCCCCUCGCGUCCAAUCCCCUCGACUACGUUUACGGUAUCAUCGGUCUCUUCGAUACCCCAAUCUUGCCCGUCGACUACAGUCUCUCACCACGGGACCUGUUCCUCAAAGUCGUCGAGAUUGUCCAACACCGGAGCCGCAAAUUGGAUUUCUUAUCCUGGGCAUGGGGAAACUAUGCGCAAGAUAGUUCAAUCUUCCCCAACCAGCACAGUAUACCCCGUUGGUGUAUUGACUUUUCUUAUCAACGAGAUUUGUCCGGCCAAUCCCCUUCGCGAACUCAUCCCAGCCACAACGCCUCAUUUGGGAUACAUUCUAUCAUGCGGCCGACAAUACGAAGCAGAAGAUAG